AACCUGCUGAGAAAUGAGGAGCGUGAACAUUCAGUUCCACGCGCAUGUGCGUGAAACUCAUGAAUAUUAAUGUUAACUCCGCCCACUGAAACCGAAAAUCUCUCUCAAUACCUGCUCUGGGGAAAAGAUGUGCCUGACUCUCUUCUGUUCACCUGAGGUGGUUAUCAAAGUACAGUCCAUCGGCCUAUGCUGGCAACAACUUUCAAACAAGUUUCUUUCAUUUAGAUUUUAGAUUGAUGGAACAUCAUGGAGGUCAGCAUUAUGAAUACUUGUCCACGGACACUUUUCCACACAGUUCAGUCCAAAUGCAAAGACCAAAGUCAUCAGCAUCCAGCUGUGUGUCCAUCAAGAGUGACUGCUCAAUGGAUCCUCCACCUAAGCUUAGUGGACACACUGAUCCUGGGUUUAGACUUGACCACCCAGAAUCCAGCUGUGAGUCCAUGAAGAGUGACUGCUCAAUGGAUCCUCAACGUAACCUUAGUGGACAUACUGAUCUUGGGUUUAGGUUGAGUCAUUGUAAUAUCACAGCUGAAGGUUGUGCUGCUCUGGCUUCAGCUCUGAGAUCAAACUCACAACUCAGAGUGCUGGAUCUGACUGAAAAUAAUAUAGGAGAUAAAAGUCUGACACUGCUCUCUGAUGGACUGAAGGAUCCUCACUGUAAACUGGAGAAACUGUGGUUGUUUGAUUGUUAUAUCACAGCUGAAGGUUGUGCUGCUCUGACUUCAGCUCUGAGAUCAAACUCACACCUCAGAGAACUGAAUCUGUCUGAGAAUGAAAUAGGAGAUAAAGGUCUGAUGCUGCUCUCUGAUGGACUGAAGGAUCACUGUAAACUGGAGAAGCUGAUGUUGAGGUAUUGUGAUAUCACAGCUGAAGGUUGUGCUGCUCUGGCUUCAGCUCUGAGAUCAAACUCACACCUCAGAGAACUGGAUCUGACUGGGAAUAAAAUAGGAGGUCAAGGUCUGACGCUGCUCUCUGAUGGACUGGAGGAUUCUCACUGCAAACUGGAGAAACUGUGGUUGUAUGAUUGUUAUAUCACAGCUGAAGGUUGUGCUGCUCUGGCUUCAGCUCUGAGAUCAAACUCACACCUCAGAGAACUGAAUCUGUCUAAGAAUAAUAUAGGAGAUAAAGGUCUGAAGCUGCUCUCUGAUGGACAGAAGGAUCCUCAAUGUAAACUGGAGAAACUGAAUUUGAGUUAUUGUAAUAUCACAGCUGAAGGUUGUGCUGCUCUGACUUCAGCUCUGAGAUCAAACUCACACCUUAGAGAAAUGAAUCUGUCUGGGAAUAAAAUAGGAGGUGCAGGUCUGAUGCUGCUCUCUGAUGGACUGAAGGAUCCUCACUGUAAACUGGAGAAACUGUGGUUGUUUUAUUGUGAUAUCACAGCUGAAGGUUGUGCUGCUCUGGCUUCAGCUCUGAGAUCAAACUCAUACCUCAGAGUGCUGGUUCUGUCUAGGAAUAAUCUGGAACAUGCAAGUGUGAAGCAUCUCUCUGCUUUAAAAGAUAAUCCACAUUCUAAACUGGAGACACUAUUCUAUUAAAUGAUGGUGAAUAUGUGGAGCCACUACAGAGACAUCAUCAUCAAAACCAGUCAUGGUGGACUUUACUGUAUAUAAAUGUACAUUAUUUUUUUCUAUAAGAUCUAAUAAAGUCUUCCUUUAAUUCCUGUAUUAAUGAAUUGUUUUUUUUUUUUGUAUCAUCAGCCAUCUCAGUGAAGUGAGCUGAAAUUCAUCUGUGUUUUGGGGAACUACAUGUUUUAUAAGGUUUAAUGAUAAUGCCUUUGUCAAAUGUCUUCCUGAGAUUUUAUUGAAGCUCAUCUGAAGAGGAUAUUUGCCAUUGACACAUUAUUAUUUUUCUGUCUUUUCUAGUGUUGAAAGGCAAAGUGGUUGUGAUUAAAGUGCAAAUUUGUAUGUAAUAUUGUAAUAUAUGUGUUCAGAAGCAGCGCUACAUCAUGAGUAUUUCAAUUGAAUCAGUUAUUCCUUUCAGCACAAUCAUGAUUUUUUUUUCUAUGUAAAUUAGGCUAAUUAUAUUGUAUCUUAUACACAAAAGUCAGCAAUAUUUACAAUUCACAGAAUUGUAGAUAUGUUUGGAUAUUUGAAUAGUAAUUAAACAAAUGGUGCAUUAAUCAUGAAUAUUCUCAGAUAGGGCCUACACAAUCUCAUACAACAGUGAAAGUAAAUAGUUACGGAGUCAUUAAUAUUAUGUCACAUGUCAUACUGCACUGAGGUGCGGUCUUCUGCAUCUAAAAAGGACUUGAGAAAAAUACAAGUUGUGCAAAAUAAAGCAGCAAGACUUGUUCUGGGCUACUCAAUUAAAACAAGUAGAGAUCAGAUGUAUUCUACUCUUUCAUGGCUCACUUUAAACCAAAGAAUAAUAGUUACUUUAAGCACCAUGAUAUAUAACACAUUGACAAUGAAAAUGCCUAUUUUUCUGUUUAAUCAAAUAGUGUACUGUAACUCUGUGCACAAUCAUAACACCAGAAAGGCAAACAAUGGUCAUAUAAUGACCCCCUAUCAAAAAAAUAAUUUUACGAAGAAAACCAUCCUGUAUAGAGCUAUUGUCAUCUGGAAUAACAUUCCCAUUGAAGUUCGUCAGCUUUGUAAUAAGCUGUCAUUUAAAAGUAGUCUAAGGUGUUAUGUGUUGAUGUAGGUUCUUAUAUGUCUUGAUUAAUGUAAUUUAAAUCAUAUUGUAUUUAUGUCUCAUCCUGUUAUGGACCGAAACCAGAUUGUAUGUAUGUAUGAGUGUGUGUAUGUGUAUGUAUGUAUAUAUAUGUAAUGUGUAUAUGUGUAUAUUUUAUCUACUGUGAUGAUUGAAAUGUUGUUGUUGUAAUGUAACAUUUUAGAAUGGACCCCAGGAAGACUAGCUGAUUAUAAUAUAAAUAACAAAUAAACAAAAAAUAAA